GCAUUGGCAUCAGUAAAGGCACCUGAAAACCUACAACCGACUCCAGGAAAGGCUGCGUGCCACCUUAAACCCCAAAAGAAAAGGAUAUUACAGGCCAAACGGAGCCCGGUGGCUUGCCCUUGGUUGUGCGUAAAGCGUUUGCGCACACCGCUGAACUGCCUCAGAGACUGGAAAAAAAAAGGUGCGCUACGCGUCGAGUAUCAGAGCGCGGUGCGAGGAUGCAGAGACGGAGCGGCGUCGUCUGAAGGUGACAUGAACCUGGGGCUAAUCAGGAGCAGCAGCAGCAGGCGCACACUGAGCCACGAGUGGAGAUAGCAACUGAAAACCACCGGUGUCUUGAAGCUCAACUCUUUUUUUCUCGUGGCUUUAUCUAAUGUAGAGAAUCAAGAGCAGCAACUUGAAGUAGCCUCAAUUUUUUACCGAUUGAAGUAGAAGAAGAAGAAGAAGAAAAAAAAAGCACUAAUUAAGCAGCAGAUAGUUACGUGUCGGGAGAAUAGCACGAAAAUGGCGACAUUAAUCAGAGGUAAGCUUUCCAAUAAACUGUCAAACGCAGCCACGACUGUGUCCAACAAAUCCCAGGCGAAGGUGAGCGGCAUGUUCGCCAGGAUGGGCUUCCAGGCCGCCACCAACGAGGAGGCAGUGGGCUUCGCCGCCUGCGACGACCUGGACUACGACCACCGGCAUGGCAUGCAGAUGGACGUUAUGCCGUCUGAUGAGAUGGGGGGAGAACCGAGUGGAGACGGGGGCGCGGCGGCGGGGGACAGCCACUACCAGAGGGACGGCACCGGUCCAUCGCGCUCAUCCUCAAAGGACGGGGGUCUGACGAACGAGUUGACCGAAGUCAAACCAAAAAUCACCGUAUGGGAGGCGGGCUGGAACGUCACGAAUGCAAUCCAGGGGAUGUUUGUUCUCGGAUUGCCCUACGCCAUCCUGCACGGAGGAUACCUCGGACUCUUUCUCAUUAUUUUCGCCGCCGUAGUGUGCUGUUACACGGGGAAAAUCCUCAUUGCCUGCCUGUACGAGGAGGACGAAGACGGGCAGCUCGUCCGUGUGAGGGACUCCUAUGUGGACAUUGCCAACGCCUGCUGCGCGCCCAGAUUCCCGUCUUUAGGAGGUCAUGUCGUGAAUGUAGCCCAGAUCAUAGAGCUGGUGAUGACUUGCAUCCUGUACGUGGUGGUCAGCGGCAAUCUCAUGUACAACAGCUUCCCCAACAUGCCAAUCUCCCAGAAGUCGUGGGCCAUCAUAGCCACCGUCGCCCUACUCCCCUGCGCCUUCCUCAAGAACCUGAAGGCCGUCUCCAAGUUCAGCUUGCUGUGCACGAUGGCCCACUUCGUCAUCAACGUCCUGGUGAUAGCCUACUGCCUCUCCCGAGCCAGGGACUGGGCCUGGGACAAGGUCAAGUUCUACAUCGAUGUCAAGAAGUUCCCCAUCUCCAUUGGGAUUAUCGUGUUCAGCUACACGUCGCAGAUCUUCCUGCCGUCUCUGGAGGGGAACAUGAGUAAGCCCAGCGAGUUCACCUGCAUGAUGAACUGGACUCACAUCUCUGCCUGCAUCCUCAAGGGCCUGUUCGCCCUGGUGGCCUACCUGACCUGGGCCGACGACACCAAGGAGGUCAUCACAGACAACCUGCCCUCAACCAUCCGCGCUGUCGUCAACCUCUUCCUCGUGGCCAAAGCUUUGCUGUCGUAUCCGUUGCCGUUUUUCGCAGCUGUGGAGGUGCUGGAGAAAUCGUUUUUCCAGGAUGGGGGACGCGCCGUCUUCCCAGAUUGUUACGGGGGCGAUGGACGCCUAAAAUCCUGGGGACUCUCUCUCCGCUGUAUCCUUGUGGUGUUCACCUUGCUCAUGGCCGUCUUUGUGCCACACUUCGCCCUCCUCAUGGGCCUCACAGGCAGCCUGACGGGCGCGGGCCUGUGCUUUCUGCUUCCCAGCCUCUUCCACCUCAAGCUUUUAUGGAGGAAGCUGCUGUGGCACCAGGUCUUCUUUGACGUCGCCAUUUUUGUAAUAGGAGGUAUAUGCAGCAUAUCUGGUUUCAUCCACUCGAUGGAGGGGCUCAUAGAGGCUUACAGCGAUGGAGUACAGGAGUAGACGCAUCUCUCGAGCUAAAUAUUAAACGCAAAACCCCAUUUAGUGAAAAAAUGAGAAAUAAAGUUGAUAAUAAAACACACGACAUCCCCGCAAACGCAGCCCCUCUGCUUAAUCCAUGCGUAAAAAGCGCGCACUCAUAAAGUCUUGCAUCAAAUCAGAAAAAAUGCGCACACACACGCACGCGCGCACACAUACACACGCGCGUAAACACACAUACCCACACAGAACCGGUGGCAGUAAGGACAUCCAAUGCAUCCACAACACACUAUAUAUGGACAAUACAUGUUGUAUAAAUAUGCGAACGAGAUGAUACAUAUUUUCCAGUGGAGUGAACGUUUACAAUAUUGACCUUAAACAAAAUGGCAAAAAGGGCAGUUCGUCUCUUCGUCGCUCUAGUGGUGCUUCCCCACACGAGACUUCACCUCAUGUAAUGCUUGUGAUAGACGGACCUUCAAUGAGGGUUCAAUGUGAUUUAAGAUAAGUUCAUUUCAACAAAAUAAAAGAGAAAAACGCCACUUUAUUCAAGGUAAUUAAAGUAAUGUGAUUAUCACGGGCACGAGUGCGGUUCAAGUCCAGAGAAGCAAGGUGGAAAAAUAACAAAAAUGACAAUAACCAGCAGCAGAAACACAUGAAUGCAUAUAGAGAAUUUUAAAAUACAAAUAAUGAAGUUUCGCUCAUAAAUGAGGAAAUUGGACCUCCCCCCAGCCGUUUGAAUAAAGACAUAAACACUGGAAAUGCAGAAUAUCAGAUAGUACACAGCAGCUAUACAAACUAUGCAUUGAAUGUAUGAUUUCAUAAGAAAUGAAACUGGGAAGUGGACAUUUAAAAGAAGCCUCUAAAUUUCGAUUCUUCCGUCUGGAAGAGGUCUGUCCCAGAAUAUUUCAUUUGUUAAUUGGCCUUUAAAACCGAAAUUAUUGUUUUUAUAGCUUCAUCACCUUCACACACCCAAACCCCCCACCCUGGCCCACACUUCAGCUAGAUGGGGACCCCAAAUUAAAGUACUGCACACUCAAUUCCAAAAUAAAAUGAAUUGUCUUUAAAAAAAAAAUAUAUAUAUAUAUGGCCUGUUUCUGAAUUUAAUUUGAAAGACUUAUGUCUCGACAAUUCGGUGUAGGAAAAUCUAACAAAAAAAUUAAUAUUAAAGAGGAAAAUGUGCAUACAGACAUUUUUCAUUCUGUGCAAUCCAAUGGGUCCUGUGGAAAUGUGAUAAAACCGUAUGUGUAGUGUGUUAUUGUGGUUUCAAAAAGAUGGAAUGUAUAUCUCAAAGUCGUUAUCAUAUAUCGUGAUAUUAAUAUUAAAGAAUAAAGAAAUAAGUGAAAUUAUAUUGUAAAAAUGUGUGUGGUUUUAUGUAAAACGAAAUACGGUCAGAACAUGUAUUUUUUUUUUCUCU